AUGAUACCUCUUGGUGCUGCUGUUGACUCUUUUGAACCGGAAAUCAUUGACUCUUUUGAACCGGAAAUUGUUGCAGAACCUAACAGCUUGAUGACGCCAGCCUUUGCCUUUGCCAUCUUCGGAUUGGCCUUGUUGGCAGGCUUGGCUUUUGCUGUUUGCUGGAAAUUCGGAAAUUAUGGACGCAAAGUUCAUGAUUUGGAUGAAGAUCUGGAAACUGAUGACUUUAAACCGGACUACAAUCUACAGAUGGACGACCUGGAAGAAGACGACAGCGAGGAUCAACUGGAACAAGAAGACAGCGAGGACGACCUGGAAGAAGACAACAGUGAGGAUGACCUGGAACAAGAAGACAGCAAUGACUACCUGGAAUUAGAAGACAGUGAGGACGACCUGGAAGAAGAAAACAGCGAGGAUGACCUGGAACAAGAAGACAGCGAGGACUACCUGGAAUUAGAAAACAGUGAGGACGACCUGGAAAUAGAUAUAGAUGAAGUGUCUAGACUAGAAAAUCAUCUAGAACUUCAAGACCUGGAAUAUAGUGACAAUGACCUGAAAAUGGAUAAAUGCGAAUCGUCUAGACUGGAAGGUCUUUUAGAACAGGAAGAACCGGAAGAAAUUAUAAAAAGUGAAGAUACUGAAGAUGAGCUGGAAAACGAAAUGACCGAAGUAUCUCGGCCAGAGGAGAGCAUAGAACGGGAUGAACUGACAGGUACUGAAGAUGGUCCAGAAACUGUUGAAAACCCGAACAGCUUGAUGACGCCAGCCUUGCCUUUGCCAUUCCCGUUUUGGCCUUGUUGGCAGGCUUUGGCCUUUGCUGUGUGCUGGAAUGACAACAGUCAUGGAAACCAUCUUCAGGAACUGGAAGACCAUCUGGAAAGCGAAAGGGCCGAAGAAUCUAGGCUGGAAGAGACCUUAGAACUGGAUCUAGAAAAGCAGAGAUUGACAGAAGAACUGGAAGAGAGUCGGGUUGCUGCAGAUGAAAUGGAACGUCUAUGGAAGGAGGCGAAGGAGGAGAUUGCUUGGCUCAAGAAUCAAAUGGCAGAAAAGGACCUCUUGCUAAGAAAGAAUGCUGACCAUGAAGCAGUUAUGAAGAGUGAAAUUGCAAAGUUGCAUCAUCAAAAUGAAGAAGUCAUGGCUGAACAUCAGCACUUGGAAGAUGACCUAAAACGGGCUGUAUACGAAGGAGAGAGGAUGGAGAAAUUAAAUAACGAUCUUAUGGAGGAAUUAGAGUUUCUGGGGAAGAAAUGCGAGGAGGAAAGGAUAAUAGCAAGUCUCAUCCGAGGAGAACUAGAGCUGAAGGAAGAGGAAAAUAGACUCAAAGCUGAGAUCAUCGAAGCAGAACUACAAGUGAUGAAGAACUGGAUCUCAGAAUUAGGAGAACAGAAUGCGAGAUUGGCUGAAGAGUUAGAAGAAGUGGAAAUGGAAGUGACUUCAGUGAAGAAGGAGCUAGGAAAUGAGAAGAGGAAGACCCAAAUUUUUGACUGA